AUGGAGGCGAUAAUGACAGUACUGACCUGUUUAUUUCUCCUGCUUUUCUCGUUAACAAAUGGCUCGAAAAGAAAAGAGAGUGUGGAGACAGACAGUGUUUACAAAGUUUCCCCAGAAGAGCUGAAACUUGGUCAAGAGAAGAUGACUCCACCGGUAAUGACCGAAGAAGAGGAAGGAUCUCGGCAACUGCCUCGUCAGUACAGGUGUAGUGGAUGUGCUGCAAUUGCCUACCAGUUUCAGAAGCAGUUUUCUAUUGCUGAGAGCAGGUUCAAGAAAGGAAAAAGGCUGCCAUAUUCAGAUGUCCUAGAAGUUGCUGAAAGUGUCUGUGAGAAAAAGUUAAAAGGGUAUGGUCUGAAGAGUGUCAAAGGUGAGAAGUUCCUCUCAGGUGAAGGUCUUGAGCACGACAAAGACAUGGGAAUCAUGGAAGCUGGGGGGAAGUGGGAAGUCAGAUUGAAGACAUUAUGUGGUGAGUUGAUAGAGCUGUACGAGGAGGAGGAGAUUUAUGAGCAGUAUGUUCAAAGAGGAGAUUCAAACCUGGCUGUGACACUGUGUGUUCAUUACUGUACACCAAGGGAAAGAAAUGAACUAAAGAAUGGCAGAAAAGAGGAGCUGUGA